AGUAAGAGAUAAUUGCUGAGCAUCUCUGAGAAUCAGCAGCUGCUGCAAUGUGCCGCAUUCGGUUUUUCUUGGUAGAUUUCAUACGAUACGUUAGGACACGUGAAAUAGGCUCUCAUCAUGCAGCAUUUCACCAAAGGAUCUCAAAAUGGCAUCUUGCAUUAUUUCUGGAUGUUGUCCUUAUUCUUAUGUAUCAUCGAAAGCGACGCUGCCGUCAAAAUAAGAUACGUGAGCAAUUCAGAGUGUGACAGAUAUACUGUUGAUGCUGUCUACCACGAAAAGUACAAGAUCGUUACGGAAAAUAUUUUCAAAGAUAGCAAGGAAUUCGUAAAUAGGGUGGCAGAUGCUACAGCCGACAGUUUGUCAGCAGCCAUGGCAGAUCUUCCAGAUAGGGAUUCCUCUGACAAUGAAGAAAGAAGAAUACACAUGCAAUUCAAGAGCAUAAAAAAUGCAUUUGGUACCAGGAUCAAGAGGGUACAUAAGAACAUCACAGCCAAGUGGAAUGAAUUAAUUGCUACUAGUUUUGACUUGCUCUAUGAUAAUGGAAAUUCUUCACUCAACUUAUAUUUAAAUAAAGCAUUAAACGUGACAGAUGCGUACAAAGAGGCUCGUAAUGUCUUGGACAUGAGUAUGGCCUCUUUCGUAAGUUUCGUGAAGAGCGUGAUUCGUGAUGGUUUACAAGGAAUUUCUAUGGCGGCUGCCGAAUCUUUGAAGAAAGAUGCUGCCAAACCGAAAAAAGAGUCCACUGAAGAAAUAGAAAGCGAGCCUACAGAGGAUAAGGAGUCCACUGGAGAAAAAGAAAAAGAGUCCACUGAGAAAAAAGAAAAAGAAGCGACAGAGAAAGAGUUGAGUUACGAAGAGAAAUUAGAGAACAAGAAGGUAGAAAUAGUUGAGAUGGUGAUCAGAGGAUUCCUUCGUAAUGCCUCACUGGAAGUAUUGAACCGAAAGAUUGACCUAUUCAGGAAGGUCACCUUAAAACCUGAAGACAGAGAUUCAGCACUGGAUGAUAUCAUGUUCGAUAUGCUGCUGAUCAAAAACCGUAUGCAGGCUAUAGUCCACGAGGAUAUUCCGAACGAGAAAGGAUCCAUAGAUCUCGCAAGAAGGAGCAUCUACACAUACUGGGUAGAGCAGGCCGAAACAAUGUAUAAAGAAAAGCUGAAAUCUCUUCAAGCUACUCCUCCAGGGGGUGAUCUUUAUUAUAAAAAUUUGUGGAGCAACGAAAAGGAACUUAUGGAUACGCUGCUGAAUUUGUGUGAGAUAUAUCCAUGAUUUGUAAAAGUUUCUCUUGAAAAGUUUUUGUCUGAAACUGCUCUUGUUCGAUAUCAUCAUUUUCUCAUUCAUUUCAUUAUGUAUUUAUUAUAGUUAUUUGUAAUUAAUAAAAAUUUAUUUAAUCCCUGGAA